AUGGAUAGUUUGGAUCUGAAUUUACUAUCCUAUAUAAAGCUGCAACAUACUUUACCAUUAUCACCAUCAAAAAGUUUAAAUAUACCAAAAUAUGAUAUUAAAUCAUUAGAAUCAUUAUGUAUAAAUUCAUUAAAUGAAUUAUUAUCAAAUAUAAAAAUUCAAUAUAUACAAUCAAUUCAUAUAAAACUACAAUUCUUAUAUACGAUAUACUCAAAAAAUUAUCCUUUUUGGUUGGGAGUCCUUAAAAAGCAUCAAUUAUUUAUUGUUAGAUUAUUUGAGUUAAAACAAUUUGACGCGAUAUUAGAUCAAUUGAUAAAUUCAUACGAACAAAUUUCUCAAAAAUUAGAUAUUCAUCAUAAACCAGUAGACAAAUUGGUAUUAAUCAAUGGAAUACCAAUAAAAUCUUGUGACGAAGAACUAAGUCAAAUCAUUAUUGCAUUUCAUUUUUACACCUUGCAAUGGUUAGUUCAAACUUUAUUAAAACAAAAUACAGACUCAGACACAAAUAUAAUUAAGAGAGUUCCAUUAUUAUUCUUGACAACUAGCAAUAUAAGACAAUGGAUUUCAAGGAGUCAGACAAAUCAACAAAAAUAUACAAACAAUUGCAUUAAAUUAAUAAAUGGAUUUAUAAAGGUGAUAAAUAAAAUUAGCAUAGAUAGUGAACUAGAAGUAAUAUGUUUAAAAAUAAAGUUGUUGGAAAUUACAGGAAACAAUGAAGGAAUUGAAAAUUUGAAUGUUGUUCCUGGCAUUGAAGAAUUCAUCAUGGAUUCUAAAUCUGUUGAAAAUAUAGAUAUAUUGUCACAAAAACUUCAUGAUCUUAACUCAUACCCUAUGAAACGUAAAGGUAGACGACUAUCUGAUGAAUUUGCAAUGAUAUUUAAUAGACAAUCAAUUAAUGAUAAAGAGUUUUUAAUUAGACUCAGUGAAAUCAAAUUGAACGAAACAUCAAUAACAGGAAUUCUCAAUUUUUUCCUCACUUCUGCACACCUAUUGAAACAAUUAUCAACAAUUCAUUUAACCAUACUAGACUCAAUUACAAAAUUUUGUCAAAAAUCUUUAGGUAAGAGUUUAGUACCAUCUUUAGUAUUAUUGCAUGACAUUUUCAGCUACUUUAAAUUAGAGAGAAAAAUGAGAAAUACAGUGACUUUAUUAUUUCAAUUGGGAAAGAAAUUAAAUGACAAUCGUAUAUUAAAUCUUUCAAUAGAAAAAGAAUGUGAAAUAAUAAGUCAAUGGCCAACUGACGAUAAUUUGGACAAGUUAAUCUUGAAACUAAAUUCAAUUAAAUAUUUGGAUUCCAAAAUCUUUUCAAAUAUACUACAAGCAUGUCCUGCUACAAAGAAGGUGAUCAACUGUACUUUCAAAAUCUGCCUAAGGCAGCCAGAAAUCGUAACAAGUUUUAAUUCAAUUGAAAGCAAUUUGAGAAUUUCCUACAUACUAGGAUUAUUCAAUUUGAAAGACAGUAAUAUAAACAUGCCUCAGAAGUCGACACUUUUUAGUUCAAUAAUAUAUAAUGUAAACUAUGAAAAUGAUAUUCGAGUUAUUUUUGCAUAUUAUAAUGCCAACAAUAUAGAGCAUAGUACCGAUAUUGAUAUUCCUCAGUAUAACAACUUAGUCAUAUUUGGUUUUCAAAUGUUCAAGAUGUUGGCAUCAUCGCAUUGGGACAAAGACGUUUUAAAAAAUUGCUACUAUAGUCUACAAUCUUGGGAUUAUGAACAUAAUGAAUUAGAGCUUACAAUUGCAAAGCAAAUCAUAUUAUUUCUCAAAUAUAACGGAAUGACGUCGGAGCUAUAUCAUUUAAUCACCAACUUAAGAGCUAACAAUUUUGACGACGAGUUUAAGACAUUUUUGGAGUUUCAGAUGUGUGAUAUUGCAGCUAAAUUGUCUUUAAAUGAAGCAUGGAACCUAUCUUUGGAUAAUAUACAUUUGUUGAUGAAAAAUGCUAAGUCGUUAACCGUUCAGAUGGUUCUCAAUUAUAAACUUCAAAGAAUAUGUUUAAUGUAUGAAAAUGGUCAAUUUAAUUUGGCUAAGUCAAAAUUUAAAGAACUUAUAUCUGUGGUCAAACUGAGAGAAGAAUUUGAUAUGACAACUUCAAAAUCAUUGCCUUUGGUAGAUAAAAUGAAAAAUUAUAUAAUUUUGGCCCAAUUACAAAUUAUUGUAUCUAAGUUAAAUUCAAACGAUCUAGUUCUAUCAUUUUCCAAUAUCAAAAGUGCAAUUCAGUCCCUACAAUCUAUCAUUCACAACUGCUCCAAGAUUUUGAAGGAAACUGAUGCUAAUGAAAUUCUUUGGGAAAGUUGUAAUUUGUUAUUUGAUGCAUUUAGUUUAGCAAUUGAAAGAUUAAUUGAUUUAGGAUCGUCAAGAAAUAUAAUAGCAUUUUUAAAAGAGUGGAACAAAUUAAAUGAGAAUCACAAUAUCCCUACUGUGAACCAAGUUAAUAAUUAUAAAAUUCAAAUUUAUGAAAAAUUGAUCAACUCAAAUAUAUUAUCAUCAUCAUUAAACUUAGUAGAAAAUGACCAAGUUUGUACAAACAAAACCAUUCAAUAUCUAAAGUCCAUAGCCGAAUCACUUGAAGUUGAAAAUUUUUUUGUAUUACCUCAAUUUAAUCCCGAAGAUACCUUCGAGAGUCAUUUUGAAAUUAAGAACUAUAGAUUCAUACAUUUUAUUCACAAUUCAGUCGAUCAAGAAUUAUUCAGCCUUGAAGAUUCUUACAAUGAGUGCAUCGAGGAACUAAACAACUACAAAUUAAAUAUUGUAUUCCCAAAUUCUUCACAAUUGUUCCCAUCAAUUACGUGUGGAGAUAUAAUUUUAGAUCAGAAAACAAUGAAUAUUUUCAUGAAAUUAGGAAAAAUUAAAGAUCAUUUACUCAAAUUAUCUCAAAAUUUGAAUUUGUCAAUUAUACAGCAUAGAAAGUAUUAUUAUCUACUUUCGAGAACACUUCAUUUAAUCUCAUCCAUAAGUGCAUAUAAAGGUAAAGAUUUAAUUAAUCAGUUAUUCUUCAUCCAAGAUUUAAUCAAAUCAAUAUCUUUUAAAAACAACAAAGACCUUGCAUUAAUUGGCAAAAUUGAUUAUAUUCCUGAACUCACAAAUAAGCAAGCUAAACCUUAUGUACAAGAAUUCACAAAUUUUAAAAAUCAAUUAAAUUUAAUUCCUUCAAAUUGGGAGAUCAUAACCUUAGAUAUAUGUGAUCAAACAGGUGAUUUAAUAUUAUCAAAAUUUAACAAAGUACCAGUAUUUGUAAGACUUUCAUUAUCGAGAUUUAAAGAAAGAGAAUCAAUAGACACAUUAAGUUUUGAUGAAUUAAAAACAAAAUUUAAAGAAAUAUUUGCACAAAAUAGAAAAUCAACUCAAUUUUCAACUACUUCCUUAGUUAAAACCGUUGAAGAUAGAAAAAAUUGGUGGAAAUCAAGAUUUGCAUUAGAUUAUGAAUUACAAGAUUUAUGUGAACAUAUUGAAAAUUAUUGGUUUGGUGGGUUUAAAUCAAUUUUUUCUACUAAAAGUGAUGAUAAACAUUACCAAAAUUUCAAAGAUGAAUUAAUUCAAAUUUUGAAGUCCAAUAUUUCAAAUGAAACUGAAAAAUCAAUAAAAUGGAAUGAAUUUAUUUAUGAAUGCUUUUUCGGAUUAGAAAAAUAUGAUCGUUCAUGUAUUGACGAUUUAUUAAAUUAUAUGACUCAAUUAUUGCAAUUCCACCUCAACAACAAAAAGAUGGUCAAUUUAAGUAACAUACAUGACUCAUUGGAAAGAUUAUAUUUGAGGUAUCCGAAAUCAAAACUCUAUCAAAAUUCACAUAUCAUUUUAAUUCCAAGUACUCGUUGUGCAUUUUUUCCUUGGGAAUCUUUAGAAUUUUUGAAAAAUAAAUCAAUUUCCAGAAUGCCAAGUGUUUCCCUGCUUUUGGAAACUUUGAAAAACCCAAUGAAAAUUCAAUCAUCAAAUGCUUAUUAUUUAGUCAACCCAGGUGGUGAUUUACAAUCUAGUGAAAAUAGAUUUAGAACAUAUAUGGAACAACAAAAGACAUGGACUGGUAUAAUUGGAACAAAACCACAAGAAAAUAAAAUUAUUUCAAAUAUUUUAAGUUCAAAUUUAUUCAUAUAUAUUGGACAUGGAGGUUGUGAUCAAUAUGUCAAAUUAUCAGAUUUAAUAAAAGCAACUCAAAUUAAGAACCUACCACCAAGUUUUUUAAUUGGUUGUUCAUCUGGUGAAAUUCAAGAUAAUGGGAAAUUUGAACCUCUGGGAUUAAUUUUAAAUUGGUUGAAUUGUGGAUCUUCUGCAAUUCUAGCAAAUUUAUGGGAUGUAACUGAUAAAGAUAUUGAUACUUUUACAAUUUCAAUGUUUGAAAAAUGGGGAUUAUUUCCUAGUGAUAAUAAUAAAUUUGUUGAUAUUGCUGAAUCUAUAAGAAAAAGUAGAGACGUUUGUGUUUUAAAAUAUUUAAAUGGUGCUGCUCCUGUUAUAUAUGGGUUACCAAUAUCAAUAAGUCAUUGA